AUGUUGCUGUGCCCGUUGGCCCUCACCUUCAUCCUGAUGGUGGUCUCUGGCACCGAGUGUGAGGUGAAGGAUGUUUGUUCUGGAAGCCCGGGCAUCCCUGGCACUCCGGGAUCCCACGGCUCGCCAGGCAGAGAUGGGAGAGAUGGGAGAGAUGGUGUCAAAGGAGACCCCGGACCUCCAGGCCCCUCGGGCCCCCCGGGAGGAAUGCCAGGCUUUCCCGGGCGUGAUGGGCCGGAAGGACCACCUGGCCCCACUGGUGAGCGUGGAGACAAAGGAGAACCUGGUGAAAGAGGCCCUCCAGGGCUUCCAGCUUCUGAGGAUGAGGAGCUCCAAAGCAAACUCCUCGACCUCCGUCUUCAAAUCUCGCAGUCAAAGGGAGUCCUCAGUUUGCUGGGUUCCUUGCUGAUAGUGGGAGAGAAGGUCUUUGCCACCAAUGGGCAGUCGGCCAAGUUUGAUGCCAUUAAAGAGACGUGUAACAGAGUUGGCGGCGGAAUUGCAGCCCCGAAGAAUCCAGAAGAGAAUGCGGCCAUUGCAAGCAUCGUGAAGAAGCACAACACUUAUGCCUACCUGGGCCUGACGGAGGGCCCCACCCCUGGAGACUUCUACUACCUGGAUGACAAGCCUAUAAAUUACACCAAUUGGUACCCUGGGGAGCCCAAGGGUCGGGGCAAAGAAAAGUGUGUGGAGAUGUACACAGAUGGGCAGUGGAAUGACAAGAACUGCAACCAAUACAGACUGACCAUCUGUGAGUUUUGA